UUGCGCCGAUCGAGCGGAGGAGGAGGAGCGGGUAAGGGCCGCCUCCCGCCGCGGGGCGCACGGGCCGACCCCUGCGGCCCCCCCAAAGUCCAGACCUCGGAUCCCGGAUCCCCCGAGCCUCGGCUGUUCGGCUCCCGCCUGCCCUCCCGCCUGACCUGGCCCCACUGUGAUGCCGCUGCCCGACACCAUGUUCUGCGCUCAGCAGAUCCACAUCCCGCCGGAGCUGCCAGACAUCCUGAAGCAGUUCACCAAGGCCGCCAUCCGCACCCAGCCCGCCGAUGUGCUGCAGUGGUCUGCAGGGUACUUCUCGGCGCUGUCUCGGGGGGACCCGCUCCCCGUCAAGGACCGAGUAGAGCUGCCCACAGCCACACAGAAGACGGACACGGGGCUCACACAGGGCCUGCUCAAAGUGCUGCACAAGCAGUGCAGCCACAAGCCGAUGGUGAAGGUGACGGAUCUGGAGCGCAGGUGGAGGGACCUGUGCCUGCCGGUGGAGCAGCUGCGGGCGCUGCUGAGGCUGGAGCCCUGUGAGGAUGAGAUCGAGUGGGUCAAGUUUCUGGCGCUGGGCUGCAGCAUGCUGGGCGGGAGCCUGAACUCGUCCAUGAGGAGCGUGUGUGAGGUCCUGUCCGAGGACCCCGAGGGCAGUGGUGCCCGCAUCCCCUUUGACACCUUCGCCCGCCUCUACCGCUACCUGGCGGGGAUGGACCCCGACGUCCAGAGCGCGGACACCGAGACCUACCUCAACACCCUCAAGGCCAACAUGUGAGCGGGGUUCUCUGGGGGCCAGGGAGACA